AACUAAUUGGCACUUUCGAUGCGGGUUGUGUCCGUCGCGACGAUCCUGGCGCUGUGGUCCACAGGCACGGCCCCAUCUUCCUGCGAUGGUCAAGGGCAAUGCUCGAUUGAUGAUCGAAGCUCGUUGAACUUUGACCUUGCCGAAAGCGUCAAGCUACCCUCGCCCGUGGCCCGCGUUCACCGGUACACCGCAGCCUCGUACAGUGCGAACGAUCCAAACGAAGAUCGGUAUACUGUCCAUGUUGAGACGGAUGGGGUGUUUGCAUCCGUCCUGGACGGUCACGGUGGCUGGCAAGUUUCAGAGUAUGUUCGCCAGAACUUGGUCAACAAUACCAAGGCCGCAUUGCGCGCUAGUUCAUCCACCGACUCUGCCGACAUUGUGUCGGCGCUGUCGUCUGCAUUCGAGUCGACGGACGAGACGCUGCGAUCGCUGCUCCUCCCAGCCUUUCAGUUGGGAUUCGGGCAAGUGAAUCGCGUCGGGACUUGCACAUUGCUGGCGUAUGCUCAAGGCGACACAUUGGUUGUGGCGAACGCUGGAGACGUUCGGGCGGUAUUGGCGACAACGAACACGGACGGAGAACUAGUCGCGACUGCACUAAGCACGGAUCACAAUGCCAAGCAUGCGUCGGAGCAGGCCCGACUCGCUGCUGCCCAUCCAAACGAGCGCAACUUGGUCGUGUGCCAAACUCCCGAGGCUUGCUAUGUCAAAGGGGGCCUGCAGCCCACAAGGGCAUUGGGCGAUUUUGCCUUCAAGUAUGCUGAAUUCAACCAAUUUCCUGCCAGCGCGAAUCGACAGGGCGGAGGCCGCUUUAUUCCGAAGCCGUACACACCGCCGUAUGUGCUGGCAGGUCCCGAGACGCAAGUGCACACCCUCACGGAUGCGGACCAAUUCCUUGUCUUGGGUGCGCCACUUUCGAUUGAAGGGACAUGUUUGCAACUGAGAUUUGCGUCUCCGUCGUAGGCAGCGACGGAGUAUGGGAUGAUUUGUCCAACGAAGAAGCCGUGGAGAUCGUCGCCAAAUUGGCGGCUCGAGGCAUGCACGACGUUGCUGCGCAAGCCGUCAUCGACCGCGUGAUAGCCAAGACGGCCGAGGAUUUUCGGGUUCGCUCGGCCGACGUGGCCGCGCUAAAACCUGGCCGAGAGCGACGCCAAGUGCACGACGACACAACCGUUGUCGUGCUGUUUUUCCAGCCGUCGUAGCACCAGGUCGUGGUGCCGAUGCUUCUCGACAAUGCGUUUCGAUGCCGAGACAACAGCGCUUGAUCGUAUCCAUUUGAAUUGCCAUUGUUACGUGUGCUCGUGC